UAAUAUUAUCUUCCUUCAUACUUCAGAUUUCGUUUUAGGGACAGAGAUUCCGACUAUCGAUCGAUUUCGGUCCACCGACUCUCGCCAGCGCAUUACCGCCGUAUAAUCUCUUAUACUGAGCCGAAGGUGACAACGACGGCCAAUUUACGGCGGCAGAGGACGACGGAGAUCUGUGGGGAACUGAGGAUCACUGUGGAGACGCGAAUCGUGCGACCUAUAGUUCUCCAUUUCGUUCCGACAGAAAAGGAUGAUUGGCGGCGGCGGAUGCGCGCAGUGACCUCCGUCGUGAUUGAGCCAGGAGUGGAUGCGUGCAUCUGAGGCAUUUACGUGCGGGAACCUAAUUCCUCACCGCUGCUCCUACGGCGACCAAUUUGGGCUUGAUUUCUGUUCUUUGGGCAACAAAGAUCUUCAGUCUACCUGCACAUUCCCACGGCCCAAAGUGUGAGUAAAGGCAAAUACUCGAUCCAUCCCAACCUACCGAAUGGCACUACUUCCAUCGAAGGCAGUGGUGAUAUCAGUUCCGACCCUUCUUCUGCUCCUGGCCACCACCACCAUCCUCCUGUUCUUCCUGGUCUCCACGUUCUCGAACUCCUCAACAUCAUGCUCAUGCCCAACCGAAGCCCCGCCCAACAUCCGAAAACCCAUCUCUCCUUCAUCAGACGACAUCGAUUGGGUGAAGCGCCAGAUCGAAGCCAACGGACUGCAUAUGCAGGAAAACAUGCUUCGUAAAGGCAUAAACCCCCGCACUCGACAGCAGCAGCUCCAAGAUCUCCUUCAGUUCAAAGGCAUAUCUCACUACGAAGGCGACGAAGCAAAUAACCACACUGCCCUUCCUUGUCCAGGCGAGCUACUCGUCGAAGAACAUCACAGCAAUUACGGUGAGCCGUGGGCGGGAGGCCGGGACGUGUUCGAAUUCCUCGCAGAGUCAGCCAAUCUAACCACAGCUUCACGGGUCCUCGAGAUCGGGUGCGGCACGCUCCGUGUCGGCCUGCAUUUUAUCCGCUACUUGGAACCGGGACACUACCACUGCUUAGAGAAAGACGAGCUCUCGUUAAUGGCGGCGUUCCGGUACGAAAUUCCAUCGCAAGGCUUGCUACACAAACGACCCAUGAUAGUACGGGGCGACGAUAUGGAGUUCAGUAAGUUCGGCCCCGAUGCGACGUAUGAUUUGAUUUACGCCAGCGCCGUUUUUCUUCACAUGCCCGACAAACUCGUUUGGUCGGGCGUGGAGAGACUCGCCGGAAAACUGAAACCUCAGAAAGGUCGGAUUUUUGUGUCACAUAAUAUCAAAUUUUGCUCUCGAUUGGGCGGGGACGAGUGCACAAAAAGGCUUCGGAGUAUCGGGCUGGAGUAUCGCGGGAAGUACACGCAUGAUAGCUUGUUGUUCAAUCACUACGAGGUAUGGUUUGAGUUGCGACGAGUCGGGUCUUGAAUGUGUGUUUUGUGUUUAAAUCGAUCUAAUAUAUGUCUUUUGAUUUGAGAAUCGAGCGCCGUGAUUGUUGUUUGUUCGAAUGCUCUCGGAACGGCUGUCCGUCGGGUGCCGAGAGAUCGAUUUUGUUGGUGUAUUUUAAGUUGGAUUGGAUCUAGGAUUGUAUUAGCUCUAAAAAUUGGUGCCCUAAGGAAAGGAUGAUCCUAUUUGUGUAUUAGCUAGCUGCUUAUCAGAUUUUGUUCUUCUUGUUUA